UUUCAUUUUACAUUAUCUUUUUCUGUGUAAAACAAAAAACCCACCUUCAGCCAGGUCCUGCUGGGAUAUUUGGCCGUCACAACCGCCGGCCGGUUCAUACGAAAGUCUCAGUAUGAUUUUAAAUGGUUACUCCAUAUAUGGGGGGCAGUUAGUUAAAUAUCAGACCUGUAAAACCAAGCCUUUGAAGUCAAUGUCUAUAUGUGCUCUUCGUCCGCAGGCACUCUCACUUUUGAGGGUUAGGAGUUCUUUGAAAUCUCAUCAGGAGCACAGAUCUUUCUCUUCCCUAGGAGCCCCACUUGUGAAUCUCUCUGCCGUAUCAUCUCCGCUAUACGGGCAUCUAGGCCAUUUCACAUCCAAAACACCAGCCAGAUUGUCUCGAAAACGUCAUUCUACUGUCUCUCCACAAGCAUCAAAAGAUACCGGUGCAUUUAGUUACAAAUUUCCCCCAAUGGAGAAAAAACCAAAAUGGUAUUGGAGAACUUUAGCAUGCUUACCAUACUUAAUGCCACUUCAUGAAACAUGGAUGUAUGCAGAAACCGCCUUUCACCUCCACCCUUUCUUGGAAGAUUUCGAGUUCCUAACUUACCCUUUUUUGAGUGCUCUUGGGGGUUUACCAAGUUGGUUCUUGAUCGCAUAUUUCAUAGUUGCUUACCUUGCAGUUGUUAGAAGAAAAGAGUGGCCACACUUUUUUAGAUUUCAUGUGGUAACGGGGAUGCUACUGGAAAUUGCUCUUCAAGUGACAGGAACUGUAUGGCGGUGGCUGCCGGGUGCCUGGUAUUGGGGUAAGGUUGGAAUGCAUUUUUGGACGGCUUUCGCGUUUGCUUUCCUGUUCACGGUUUUGGAAUGUAUUCGGUGUUCUCUUGCUGGGAUGUAUGCUGAUGUUCCAUUUGUUUCGGAUGCAGCUUAUAUUCAAAUCCCAUAUGAAUAAGGUGUCUUGAUCGACGUUAAUCAUGUUGUUAUUGUUAGUACUUGACAAUUCUCUCCUUUUGGUCCUUUUUAGAACUAUGAGGUGCUAUUUUGAUUCUCUUGGCUAAUGUAAGAAAUGGUUUGAGUGUUGUA